AUGACCCAGGAUGGCCCGACGGUCGAAGACGCCGAGCGGAUCGAGACGGCACUCGUGUGUAUUCUGUGCUGCGUCAAGAGCCGCGUCAUUCGAGUGUUUUGUGUCGUCGCGCCGUCCUUGGCGCUUCUCGGUGUCUACCUCGUGACGCCGUCGCGUCCGCUCCCGCUUUUUAUCGCUGCUUGCGUCCCCCCGGGUCUCUACCUCCUCACGCUCUGCGGUCUUCCCGGCAUUGUUUUUUACAGACAAUUUGUUCAAGAUAAUUUCGACGCAGCAAGGGCACAUCGGUACUUGCGCGGUAAAUCAGACAAAGUCGCCUGCGACGUGACGGACGCACCGUCGACGUUUCCGCUCUGCCUCGAAGCAGCCAAGACCAACGACGUGCCAUCCAUGCGCUGGUGCUUGGACAAGGGUCAAUUUCCCGACGAAGCCGACCACCUUGGUCGAACGCCGCUGCACUGGGCGUGCUUUAGCGGCAGCGACGAUGUUGCCGAGGUGCUCAUCAAGGCCGGUGCUUCCUUGGACCUCCACGAUCGGCUCGAGGGCUUGGCGCCGUUGCACUACGCUGCAUUCUACGGUCAUCUCAAGCUCACGCGCAUCAUGGUUACAAACGGCGCCGACAUGGAAAUCGAAAACAACCAUCACAUGAACCCCCUCCAGCUCACGGAAGCCGCGAGCCUCAAGACACAGACAGUAUUGCCGGCCCACCCGCUCAUUAUCAAAUAUUUACGAACUGCGAUGGGCGAGAAGGCGACACCUCCACUUGAACACACGUGUGGCAUCACGGUCGCCCGAUUACUCGAACAGCACUAA